AUGGUACAUGUCCAUUGUUUUUCUUCAAUGUUAUUUUUCUGAUUGCUACUGGUGGACGAAAUUUUUUCUCGCUGCGUCGAGAGUGAGUUUGUGCUGGUGUUCGUGUCCGAUACAGUGAUUUAUUAGAAAUAGAUCACGAAGAUGUCGUCACCGAGCGCUGGGAAACGUCGUAUGGACACGGACGUCAUAAAGCUUAUUGAAAGUAAGCAUGAGGUGACAAUAUUGGGCGGUUUGAACGAGUUCUGUGUAAAAUUCUUUGGACCACCAGGCACCCCAUAUGAAGGCGGUGUGUGGCGAGUUCGUGUCCACCUUCCUGACCACUAUCCAUUUAAGUCUCCAUCUAUCGGCUUCAUGAACAAAGUCUACCAUCCCAAUAUAGAUGAAGUAUCAGGCACUGUGUGUCUUGAUGUCAUCAACCAGGCUUGGACGGCAUUGUAUGAUCUGUCAAACAUAUUCGAAUCUUUCCUGCCACAACUGCUCACGUACCCAAAUCCAAUCGACCCACUAAAUGGAGAUGCGGCAGCCAUGUUUCUACACAAACCCGAAGAGUACAAGAAGAAAGUAACAGACUACGUACGAAGAUUCGCAACGGAAGAGGCGUUACUCGAAAAGGACGCCAUAACGGGUAUGGGGGCCACAUCCGCCUCUUCCGGUACCAAGCCGUCCAAUGGCGCCGCGAGUGACACCGAGAGCUCCAUGUCAGAGUUUAGUGACGACGAGGCACACGAUAUGGAGUUAUAACGUUGUCUCGUUGUCUCACUCGUCGCUCGCUCACUGCCCUUACGGUUGUUCCGUGAAUUCUGCGUUGUAUUGCUCGAUUUGAAUUGGUAAUCAUUAUUCGAAUUUUAAAUUUUAUAAGCAGUGUUUAGUUCCAACUACUGUUGAAUUAUGAUAAAUCAGAUUGGCUGUUAAUCAAGGAUGUUUGGUCAAAAUAAUUACAUUUAAAAAAUCAAGCAACGCAGAUAAAACGCUACCACGCCAACUUAAAAUCGUAUAAUUUAUGUCGUGUCUUUGUCUGUCAUUUACUGACACUUACAAUACAGAUAAUAGUAUAGUUAUGGACCACUUAUGCCAAUUCUAGGUUUAUAUGUAACUGCUCAGGUGAUAAGUGAACACUGGACAUAUGCUUUAAAAUUUGAUAAAAUCUUGUCUUUAAAAGUUCUAUGUGUGGUUUUGAAUGUUAUAGGUAAGUGGCUUUUAUCGGUCAUCGCGUUAUAAAAAUUUAAUAUUCUAUUACAACCUUAUAAAUUAUUAAAAAAUGUUAAUAAAUCAACGAAUAUUUCGCGGUGAACCGAAUACGCUUAAGAUUAGCUACCAUAAGAAGUGUUCAAGUUUAUGGAAAGUAGAAAGUCUCGGAAAGUUUUAUGGAAAAUUGUAGGUUAUGUUCAUAAGAACAUUUUUAAUCUAUGUUAGCUGACAUGAUGGUAAUGUUUCUCUCUAUGUAUCUGAGAGAGACGGAUUUCGAAUUAAAUUCUAGUACUAACUUAAUAUGAAUUGUUUAACUAACAUUUUAAUCAUUGUAUUUUUAAGUAAUGGCAACACCGGUGAAUAGUGAGCGAGGUAGCAUUUUGUAAAUAUCUUUUUAAUCUGUCCCCAUAGCAUAAAUACAAUAAUUCUAUAUAGCCCGUAGAAGCGGACUGCAGUCAUCAUUAUAUCUCAUAGGUAUUUAAUUUUUUUAUUAGUUUUAAUUUUUAAUGUGUCAUUUUUGUCCAUCUCCCUCUAACAUAUCGUUAUUUUUUAUACAAGCAACACCGGAUAUUGGUGGCAAAAUUCCUUACUUACGUAGAUAGAACCCAUUUUUUGACAUAAAAUUUUCCAAACAUAUUUAAGUGUGUUUGGUUCUGUUGUUAAGGUACAAAUUAUAAUUUGAUCACUUUUCUACUAGCAUGUAAUGUAUUGUAAGAGCUGUUAAAACUGUGAUUGAUUUCUAUAUUAUGGAAAAAAUUAAAUUGUCUAUAGAGGUUGAGAAGUAAAUCAUAUCUGUACUUAGUCUAAUUAUUGCUCUAAUGCUUAAAGAUAUUUUAUUUUUAGCACAAUUUAUUUUCAUGUUUGUGAAUGCAGUCUUCCCUUGUUAUCAGUUGGCACUGUCUAAAAUUUAAUUAUGGCUAAUUAAUUUUUAAAACAAAUAUUUUUUUCUUUUAAUGAAGCAUCUGCUUUAAAUGAACUUUUAUGAAGAUGACAUUUUUAUUGUUCUUGUCAGUAAUGGCUUAUUUUGUAAUGUUCUUUUUUAAUGUUGCUCAUAAUAAAUGUCAUUUCUUAAAUCAAUUCAUUUUUUCGCAAAUGUUUUAUACACGCAACACGUGGUUUAAAAAUUUAAAGGAACAUUACAAAAACCAAGAUCUCUACAAACUACACAUUGCAAUUUUUAGUGUUGCAAUCGUCUUAGUUAAGUCUAGGUUAUAUAGUUGUAAUGUGAAAAAAUAUAUAAAUAAUAUAGACCUAUGAUGUAUCUCUAAAUGAAAACUCAGCCAUAAUAAUAAUAUAUUUUGGUAUAGGAGAAAACAAAAUUACCUAGUUGUUUUUUAAUGUUUUUCAAUUAUCCCAGACUGGUUUGUACCUUCAGGUAUGUUUAACUUAAUUUUUCUUGGAACAAAAUCAUAAAUUGCAGGUUUUUCUUUUAAAUACCAUAUUUUUAUUUGAGUAAAAUAGCUUCAUGUACCAAAUCACUCAGUUGGCCUGUGGUUAUUAUUAUUAGUUUAACAUGUAAAAAAAUAAAAGUUCUAUUUUUAUUUCAUUACAUGUAAUAAACUUACGUUAUUUUUAAACUA